AUGGGAUGUAUGGAAUCUAUUCUGGUGCUGUUCUUAUACUAUGGAAAAGUGAAACGUGGAGACUACUUUCAGGCUGAGGAUGGCCCAAGGGAAUUUGGUAACAUCUGUAUUGUUACUAAAUGGAUAAGAACAACUGACACUGCAUUGGUGUUGCGUAAUUUGGAGGUUAAAUAUAAAGAGGUAUACUAA